AUUACGGAUGGACGCAGAGACUGCAGCCCGUUACUGGGUCCUCCUGCCGGCGUAGGGAGCAGCGGUCCGUCCGGUACCUUGCUGCGGGAUGCAGGGGCGAAAUCCACUAUGAAAAACUAAACCAUCCGACCGCGGGACGGUGGAAGAUGGGUGCAUUUCUACCCGGAGGCGAAGCGAAGGAAACAAGACAGAAGAGCGAACAUACAGCCCUGUAGCGUCUGGCUUGCUUAGCUGCAAACACACACACACACGGAACACCGAAUCGAAACAAUAGUGAGCGACAACGUGCGUGUGUGUGUGUUUUGUGGAUAUUGGCUUCAUCGCAAAUGCCUCAUGACAUGUUCGAUACGGCCAGUAACUCUCCACGCAGCACCCCCGGCAGCUCUCCCUCGCUGCGGCGCAGGGUCCUCGGGGGAAGCAGCAGGGCCAGUGAGAGCGAGGGAGGAGGAGAGAAGAGCGGCGGUGGGGGGGGAGGCUCCGACAGCCCCCUGCCCUCCAUACCUUCUGCCUCCUCCCUCACAUCCGCCUACCCACUUGCUUCUCGACACUUCAGCCGCAAUGCCAAGAAAAUGCAGAGCUGGUACAAUGUUCUCAGUCCUACAUACAAACAGCGGAACGAAGAUUUUCGUAAACUCUUUAAAAAACUUCCUGACACAGAACGACUUAUAGUGGACUACUCGUGCGCUCUGCAGAAGGACAUACUGCUUCAGGGCCGCCUUUAUCUGUCGGAGAAUUGGCUUUGUUUCUACAGUAACAUCUUCCGCUGGGAAACCACUAUCACUAUCCUGCUGAAAGACGUGACUUCUAUGACAAAGGAGAAGACUGCCAAGCUCAUCCCAAACGCCAUCCAGAUCAGCACCGACAAUGAGAAGCACUUCUUCACAUCUUUCGGAGCAAGGGAUCGCAGCUUCAUGAUGAUUUUCCGUCUGUGGCAGAACGCACUGCUGGACAAGUCUCUAUCUCCCAAAGAGCUGUGGCACAUCGUACACCAGUGUUACGGCACUGAGCUAGGCCUCACGAGUGAAGACGACGACUAUGUCUCCCCCACCGCCGAGCACAUGAACGGCCUACUGCCAGGAGACGAGUCAGUGUCGGUGACAGAUCUACUCGACCUGAGCUCAGUGUCGCUUCCCUCUACGGGCAGCUCUCCCCUUCCCCUGCCCUGCGGUCCAGCCAGCCCUCUCGCAGCUACAAACCUCGGGGGCUUGUCUCCCUCCCCCUCCGCCUCCUGUCUGCCCAUAGAGGUGCCUUCUUCCUCUGGACGCAGGCUCAGCUCUGACCCCCUCGAUCAGAGCCCGCCCAGCUCCCAAAGCUCGCUGCCGUCCACCACUCCCACAAACGCCUCGGCCUCCGCACCCGUCUCUGCUGCUGCCUCCUUUAGUCUGGAAGAGGGUGGGGACAGCUGGUCAGAGUCAACCAAUCACAUGCUGCCCCCGCCAACCUCCAGUCUGGGAAACCUCUCCUCAUUGGACGUCACCAUCGAUGAAGAACUGCCCACAGACCCCAGCAACUCCUCUGACACGCAAGAAGAGAGUGAGUGUGCUUUCAAUGAAAUAACCAUUGAGAACAGUCGUGAUGAAAUUGCUGGCCCCAAAGGAGACAACAUCUAUGAGUGGAGGUCGACCAUCCUGGGACCGCCGGGCUCCGUGUACGAGGGAGGGGUCUUCUUCCUGGACAUCGCCUUCACACCUGACUACCCCUUCAAACCCCCCAAGUUUACAAGAGUUUCCUCAGACAUCUGCUACAGGAAGCAGCCGUGGAGCCUGGUGAAAGCGUUGAUAGAGAAGAACACCUGGAGCGGCAUAGAGGAGUACUACAGACACGUGGGAGCCUAA